UCAGUAGCUCAGACAUCUGAGGAUGCUGACAAACGCGCAGCUGCUGAUGGGCAGGAGGAGACAGAAAAUACAAGAUUCUCACACUCCAGAGGACGGGCAGAGAGAGGAGACCACAUCUUCAGUCCACCUCCACCAUCACUGUGACUGGAAUGGGAGGGAAGCACCAUUUCUGCAGCAACAGACAGACGGUUUUCAUAAUUUAGGUCACAGAAAAUGGGGGCAUAAUGUAUCCUGAGGAGAAGCUUCUGUAUUUACAUGAUUUUGCUGCACUCAGCAACAACUGUGAGACUCUAUCAACCAGACAAUAUGAGCCCAGGAGCCAAACGACACCCUCUUUAAGUGGACACUCUACAUAAUUUGACCUGCCACAACACACAAUUUCAACGGAUGGAGUGUUUUAUAUGUUGUGUCUCCAAAUGAUCAUACCUUUCUUUUGAUCAUAUCAACUUUCUGUUUGCUGGUGUCAUUCAGCCGUAUAGUUGGUGUCACCUACUCACUAAAAGGGACGAUGGAUUUUAAUGGGAGCCAGGACUAUGGAUCCUAUCCAACAGGGCUACCCUACAACACAAGCAUGGACUAUGAGGACUACUACCAAGAGCCUGACGCCAGUAAAAUCAUCAUCCCAUCCAUCUAUGCUCUGGUCUGCUGUGUAGGUCUUACUGGCAAUGCCAUGGUCAUCUAUGUUAUUCUGAAGUAUGCCAAAAUGAAAACAGCCACAAACAUUUACAUCCUCAACUUAGCUAUUGCUGAUGAGUUGUUCAUGUUGAGUGUUCCUUUUCUAGCCACUUCAGCAGCUGUUCGUCAUUGGCCCUUUGGGUCACUGAUGUGCAGGUUGGUGCUGAGUGUGGAUGGUAUCAAUAUGUUUACAUCUAUCUUCUGCCUAACUGUGCUGAGUGUUGACCGUUACGUAGCAGUGGUCCACCCAAUCAAGGCUGCUCGCUACCGCAGACCCACCGUGGCCAAAGUUGUCAAUGUGUGCGUCUGGGGGCUUUCGCUCAUCGUCAUCUUGCCCAUCAUUAUUUUCGCAGACACUGUCCCUGCACAGGACGGUGGGGUGGACUGCAACUUUUUGUGGCCUGAAGCGGCAUGGUCAGAAGCAUUCGUGGUCUAUACCUUUCUGUUGGGGUUUCUAUUGCCAGUUGGAGCCAUCUGUUUGUGCUACUGUCUCAUGGUGGCCAGAAUGCGAGCAGUGGGGCUAAAAGCUGGGUGGCUUCAACGAAGACGCUCAGAGAAGAAGAUCACCCGGAUGGUGCUGCUGGUCGUGGCAGUAUUUGUUGUUUGUUGGAUGCCUUUCUACAUUGUCCAGCUGGUCAGUGUUUUCCACCGGCCGCCAGACCCAAUGGUCACUCAACUUUUUGUCAUCCUAAGCUAUGCCAACAGUGGUGCCAAUCCUAUUCUGUAUGGUUUUGUGUCAGACAAUUUCCGGCGUUCAUUCCAGCGAAUUGUGUGUUUUCGGUGGCUGGAGUCUGGACUAGAUGCAGAGCAGGUGGAUUACUGCGCUGUAACAUUAAAAAGACAAGCACCAUGUAACCCUCUGGAUUUUCCAAAGGACUGCAUGGCUUCUGAUAUGGUUUUCCGCAAUGGGACAUAUACCUCGCGUACAACCACAGUGUAAUCUAAUCUAAUUUGAUUAGAUUAUCAUUCGAUGUAAUAUGUCCUGGAAUACACAAGUGUGCC